CAUCUACUUAUCUACUUGGGCAGCAUAUGCUUUGUAAAAGAGCUGCUCUAUCAGGAACUGCCUAUAGCGCCACUCUAUGUCUAUGAGGCCAUCAAUGCAAACGCAAAGGAUGUUUUGGUGACGUUAUUUGAAAACGGAUGGGAUAUCAACAAGCCGAUGGGCUCAAUGCAUCCUCCGAUUCUCAGCAAUACCCUCGACAACAUUGAGAUGACAACCUGA